CAGCCCACCAUGCACGCCCAUCAUGUGCGGGUUCUCCUCCUCCACGCCUGGUGGGCCUUGCUCCAGGCAGGCGCGGCGACUGUGGCCACUGUGCCCCUACGUGCGCGGGGGCAGCCCUCGUCCCCGUCCCCUCUGGCAUACAUGCUGAGCCUCUACCGCGACCCGCUGCCCCGGGCCGACAUCAUCCGCAGCCUGCAGGCGCAAGAUGUGGAGGUGGAUGGGCAGAACUGGACCUUUGCUUUUGACUUCUCCUUCCUGAGCCAAGAAGAGGAUCUGGUGUGGGCUGAGCUCCGGCUGCAGCUGUCUGGUGCUGUGGACCUCUCUGCUGAGGGCCCACUUUCCAUUGAGAUUUUCCACCAGCUAAAGCCAGAUUUGGAGCAGACCCAAGGUGACUGCUUGAAGCGGCUCUGGAUGGACCAGUUCACUGUCACUCUGUCUCAGGUCACCUUUUCUUCAGGAAGCAUGGUCCUAGAGGUGACCAGGCCCCUCUCUAAGUGGCUAAAGCGCCCGGAGGCCCUGGAGGAGCAUACGUCCAGUGUGGCCCAAGAGUGCUGGCAGCGGCCCCCCGCACCGCCUGUCGCCGAUGUGCUCCUUGUGCUUUACUCAAACCUCUCAUUGGAGCGGAGGUGGCUGGGCAGCUCCACUUUGCUGUGGGAAGCUGAGAGCUCCUGGCGGGCCCAGGAGGGACAACUCUCCCCUGAGAGGGGCAGGAGGCACCGUCGACAUCACUUGCCAGACAGAAACCAACUGUGUCGAAAGGUCAAGUUCCAGGUGGACUUCAACCUGAUUGGAUGGGGUUCCUGGAUCAUCUACCCCAAGCAGUACAAUGCCUAUCGCUGUGAAGGCGAGUGUCCUAACCCCGUGGGGGAGGAGUUCCAUCCAACCAAUCACGCUUACAUCCAGAGUCUGCUCAAACAUUAUCAGCCCCACCGAGUCCCUUCUACCUGCUGCGCCCCAGUGAAGACCAAGCCUCUGAGCAUGCUGUAUGUGGACAAUGGCAGGGUGCUCCUAGAUCACCAUAAAGACAUGAUUGUGGAAGAAUGUGGGUGCCUUUGAGGAGAUCCUGGAGGGAUGUUGGAUUUGCCUGCACUCCAAAAGGUCAGGAAGCUCCUGGAAGACACGAUAACCAUCGAAUCCAGUGAGGAGAGAAGAGGGGGAAAGUAGUAGCUCUGCCCACUCUGUUAAUGAAGGGGUUUGUGGAGUCUGGCCAAGCAUAGAGGCUGCAUCCAGAAGAGAGGAGGAAACCCAAGCAGGUGCUUGCUAGGUUUUCUCUUUACUAAAAAAGACUGUGGCAAGUAAAAGCACAAGUGCAAGAGUUCUUUAUUGACUUUUUUGUUUGUUUUUUUACUUGUGAACCCCCUGAAACUGAAUGCAAAAGUUGGGACAUGCGUGCAUUUAUUUUUGAGGUGGGACAAGGUCAUUUAUACUUUCAUGUGGUCUGCGACCCAGCCCUCCCCAAAGAUUAAGUAUCAUUGUCUAAAGUCAGUUAGCUUUCAUUGCCUCAGGCUGGAUUAGGGGACCACCACCCCCACUCCAUCUUUCUAACUGGCCAGUGGCAAUCUGUUGGCUUUGUCCUGAGGCUUCCUGGAAUGGGUCUCUGCUAAUGAGUUGCACAAACAGUAAAAGCCAUUGUCUAGUUCUCCUUGGCCAGCUGGUGCCUUUGAAGGGAGAGGCAGGAACUCAUCCAAGUGGAGGGCCAUUUUGGACUAUAGAAGCUGGAGCUCUCAGACAACUCCAGGUCAGUCUGCUUUGGCAGAUACAACCAGAGUCUAUUAAAGUUGGUGACAAUACCUCAAUCUCUUCAUGUGUGCUAUUAAUGAGGCCCUUGAGCUUCCCAUCCAGCAGGUGUGAAGGCCAUACUCUAGGUGGUAGAAGACUUGGGUUAUGGUUGCAGUUCAGCCAUUGAGAUGCUAUGGUAAUUCAGACCUCAGGUAAUUCACUGCUCAGCCUCCUCUUGUAAAAUGCAAGUGGAUCCUCAUGCAUUCAUAUUAAAUAUCUGUUGGUAGGCUCAGAAG